GGAGGAGGAGGAGGAGGGGGAGGUGGUGGAGGUGGAGGCUGAAGCAGAGCGAGAGGCGGCCGCGGCGGGGUGGCUCGGCGGUGCGGCGCGCGGCCCAGAAGCAUUGGAAUCCUGAAUUGAGACGGCUACGCCUGAAGACAGCAGGAGUGGCGGGGCAGCCGCCGUCGCCGGAGAGAUGAGCCGGGAAGCCUGAGGCCGGAGACGCCCGCCCUCGGGCCUGUCCGCCCGGCUUCCCCGCUCCCGGUUACUGGAAGAUGAAAGAGACUAUACAAGGGACCGGGUCUUGGGGGCCUGAGCCUCCUGGACCCGGCAUAGCCCCAGCUUAUUCAAGUCCCAGGCGGGAGCGUCUUCGUUGGCCCCCACCCCCCAAACCCCGACUCAAAUCAGGUGGAGGGUUUGGGCCAGAUCCUGGGUCAGGGACCACAGUGCCAACCAGACGCCUUCCUGUCCCUCGGCCCUCUUUUGAUGCCUCAGCUAGUGAAGAGGAGGAAGAAGAAGAAGACGACGAGGAGGAAGAUGAGGAAGAGGAAGUGGCAGCUUGGAGGCUGCCCCCCAGAUGGGGUCAGCUGGGAGCCUCCCAGCGGCCUCGCCCUCCCCGCCCUGCUCAUCGGAAAACGUGUUCACAGCGCCGUCGCAGAGCUAUGAGAGCCUUCCGGAUGCUGCUCUACUCAAAAAGCACCUCGCUGACAUUCCACUGGAAGCUUUGGGGGCGCCACCGGGGCCGGCGGCGGAGCCUUGCACACCCCAAGAACCAUCUUUCACCCCAGGAAGGGGGUGUGACACCACAGGUGCCAUCCCCCUGCUGUCGUUUUGACUCCCCCCGGGGACCACCUCCCCCCCGGCUGGGUCUGCUAGGUGCUCUCAUGGCUGAGGAUGGGGUGAGAGGGUCUCCACCAGUGCCCUCUGGGCCCCCCAUGGAGGAAGAUGGAUUAAGGUGGACUCCAAAGUCUCCUCUGGACCCUGACUCGGGCCUCCUCUCUUGUACUCUGCCCAACGGCUUUGGGGGACCACCUGGGCCAGAAGGGGAGCGAAGUCUGGCACCCCCUGAUGCCAGCAUCCUCAUCAGCAAUGUGUGCAGCAUCGGGGACCAUGUGGCCCAGGAGCUUUUUCAGGGCUCAGAUUUGGGCACUGCAGAAGAGGCUGAGCGGACUGGGGAGAAAUCUGGCCAGCACAGCCCCCUGCGGGAGGAGCAUGUCACCUGUGUGCAGAGCAUCUUGGAUGAAUUCCUUCAAACUUACGGCAGCCUCAUCCCCCUCAGCACUGAUGAGGUAGUAGAGAAACUGGAGGACAUUUUCCAGCAGGAGUUUUCUACACCUUCCAGGAAGGGCCUGGUGCUGCAGCUGAUCCAGUCAUACCAGCGGAUGCCAGGCAAUGCCAUGGUGAGGGGCUUCCGAGUUGCCUAUAAGCGGCAUGUGCUGACCAUGGACGACCUGGGGACCUUAUAUGGACAGAACUGGCUCAAUGACCAGGUGAUGAACAUGUAUGGAGACCUCGUCAUGGACACGGUCCCUGAAAAGGUGCAUUUCUUCAACAGUUUCUUCUAUGAUAAACUCCGUACCAAGGGUUAUGAUGGGGUGAAAAGGUGGACCAAAAACGUGGACAUCUUCAAUAAAGAGCUACUGCUAAUCCCCAUCCACCUGGAGGUGCAUUGGUCCCUCAUCUCUGUUGACGUGAGGCGGCGCACCAUCACCUAUUUUGAUUCGCAGCGCACCCUGAACCGCCGCUGCCCUAAGCAUAUUGCCAAGUAUCUACAGGCAGAGGCAGUGAAGAAAGACCGGCUGGAUUUCCACCAGGGCUGGAAAGGUUACUUCAAAAUGAAUGUGGCCAGGCAGAAUAAUGACAGUGACUGCGGCGCCUUUGUGUUGCAGUAUUGCAAGCACCUGGCCCUGUCUCAGCCAUUCAGCUUCACUCAGCAGGACAUGCCCAAACUUCGUCGGCAGAUCUACAAGGAGCUGUGUCACUGCAAACUCACUGUGUGAGCCUCGUAUUCCAGGCCUCAAGCCCAUUCAUUAAUGGGCAGGGGGACAUGGGAGACCCUUCCUUCCCAAGAAACUCCAGUUCCCUUUGUCUCUAGCCUCUUCCCACCCAAUUCCCUUUGGAUUUUCAUAUUUAAAUGUUUUAAUUGAUUUCUGUAUUUUUUUUUCUUUGAGAGAACAUUUGUUGAUUUCUGAUGUUCAGGGGUUAGCCAUGGAACAUCCCCUUUUUCCUUCUGUCUACAGGGGAGUAUGGCCUUGUGGCCUAGGUGGGGCAGUCAUCUCCCUUCCAUGUGCAGGGCCGGGGGGGGCAGGAAAAUCUGUGCUGGGGUGGUGGGCGGGCAACGGGAUUACUGCCUGCCAGAUCUUCAAACUUUUUUUUAUAUAUAUAUAUAUAUUAAAUACCAUGGUCCUUCUCUGGUCAAUAAAGGAUCCUUUGGAGAUACAUAGUGGUGGUCUUCCUUAAGGGGCCUCAAACUAGUGGAUAUCUCUCCGGCUUUCCUCCAGUCAGUGCUGUUAGCUACCCUUUCAUGGAUCUUGAGACUUACGGGGGGCCAGCUUUCCAUCCGUGGCUCAGACAGUGCCAAGACCAUGUCUUCAACCAAAAGAAUCCCCCAGCAGGGGGAGCCAGGGCUGGAAGGAGGGAGAGUAGGUAAGCCUCAAAAAUAUGGGAGCUUGAGAGGUGCUGAAGUUGGGAACACAGCAUACUUAAGGGAGCCCACCAGGAUUCAUGACAGCAACCCCAAAUGCUCUUAAGCCCGUUAAGUCAGUUCCUUCAUCCUUUCUCCCUCCAGCCCGGGGGUAUGGCCCUUGAUUCCAUUAUCCCUGUACAUUCGGAGUCGGUGUCCGAUUUAUCUUUGCUGCAGGAGAGAACAAAAUUAAAUGUGGGUCCAGUGGAGACCUGGAGCAGAGGUAGAAGGAAGUGCUGGUCCCGGGAGCCCGGAAGUCCCUGGAGGCUGAAACCUCGCCCCCCUUGCGUGAUAGGGUCUGCUAGGCCACAUGACCAGGGCACUCUCGCCUCCGCACGUGUAGGGGUGCAGGGCACCAAGAUGGCUGCCAGGCCUCGAGGCCUGAGUCCUGUAUGUCACUUCCGUACCGGCAAGAACGGCGGGCCCUUUAGCCAAUGAGGCUGCGGGGCGGGCCU